GUUUUUCUUCGGGGUCUCUCCUGCUCAGCUCGAUAAGCUUAUCACGCCUGGGUCGCGUGCAAGGCCAUUGCCUUGUCGCGGCGCUCCCGGUAUCUGUCGAAGAGGAUGUCUGCGGCCUGCUGGACGUCGUCUUUGGUGCGGCCGUUGAGUCGGUGGGAGAAGUGGGUCUUGAUGGCCUGGGCCGUCCACACCUCCAGGAACAAGUCGAGCACGCCGUUCUCCUUCUCCUUCAGAAGCAGACCUGAUCGACCACACCCGACCGAUUCAUCCGUUGAUCGAGUGUGCGUGUGUGUGUGUGCGCGUGAGUGUUGGGCUUACGCGAGCGCGCAGGCAGGUCGUCCGGCAUGGGCAUCGUGUACCCGAGCACACCGUAGAUGGCACCUCCAUGAAGGGAGGCAGCAGCAGCAGCAGCCCCCGGCGCCUCAACUCCCCCUGCACCACCAUCACCAGCCGCAUUGGCCGCACCACACAGCCCUCCUGUCCUCUCACCAGGCUGUGUGUCGCUGUGGUUCAUCUCGUCCAGCUGCCGGUGGAGCGACGAGAGGCAGCCUGACAUACACACAUACAACAGAGAGUGCAUGUGUUUGUGAAGGAUGGGUGGCUUGCCUGUGGUGUGGUGGUGGGUCAGGCAGUUGGUCAGGCAGGUGGCGGAUCAGAGAGCUGGUUGGAGGGAUGCGAUGCGCAGCACCUGUCGGCCAGCCUGACAAGACAAAGGGAUACAUACAAUGAAUGCAUCAAACGAUGACACAGCAUCUCCAUGCAGGUGUUGAGGUCACCAGGAUGGUCGUGGUCUACAAGACCGCAACGGCGCGAUGGAGAUGCAGGGCCAGAUCUGGC